AAUUUACCGAAACAGCAACAACUUCGUCUCCCUCUCCAAGUGGACGAGAAAAUGCAAGCAACCGGAGUAAUAUCAAAAUCUCGGCGGGUAAUUAGGGUUUUGAAAAACCUGUCGCCGUGUUCCUUUAACUCACCGGAAGGAGUCAACUUGUCUCAAGCCGCUGAAAAUGGUUCUGAACUCAGGUCCCCCGCUCUAUGCCGGCGCUUUCACUUCACCUCCUCAGGGACUCUCCAUGGGAAUUGUUUACCGAUGGAAUCAUAUUGUCAAGAAUCUAUAACGCGAAUUCCAACACAUAUAGUGCUGACCUCUGCACCAUAUUCUACGGAAGUCAGUGCGGUUGAAAAUGAUUCUGCAGGCACUGCAAAGGAAGUAUAUGAUAAGAUGCUGAAUUGUGUGGCAGAGAAAAGAACUGCUCCUCCAAAUGCUUGGUUGUGGUCACUCUUGGAAAAAUGUUCCAACCACGAGGAUAUUAAGCUUCUGUUUGAUAUUUUGCAGAGACUUCGUUUACUUAGACUCUCCAAUCUUCGGAUACCCGACAAUUUUAACAGUGCCCUUUGCAGGGAAGUUACGAAAGCAUGUGCACGUGUAGGAGCUAUUGAUUUUGGAAAGAAAGCAUUGUGGAAGCAUAAUUUAUAUGGAUUGACUCCUGAUAUUGGAUCUGCCCAUCAUCUGUUGUUGCAUGCUAAACAACACCGUGAUGUCAAACUCAUGGUAGAAGUAAUGAAACUUGUGAAGAAGAACGAGUUACCAUUGCAGCCUGGCACGGCAGAUUUAGUUUUCAGCAUUUGUUAUGACACAGACAGGUGGGAUCUGAUCUCUAAAUAUGGAAAACGUUUUGUCACAUCAGGAGUAAGACUUAGACAGACUUCCUUUGACAUGUGGAUGGAAUUUGCUGCCAGGAAAGGAGAUUCUGUUUCCUUGUGGAAAAUUGAGAAGUGGAGAUCAGAACUUAUGAAACAGCAUAGCCUUGCUACUGGGUUUUCCUGUGCUAAGGGUUUCCUCCUUGAAAGCAAGCCUGAAAAUGCUGCUGCAAUCAUUCAAAUACUUAAUCAGAAUUUGUCUGAUGCGAAAAGGCCUGGUAUCUUGGUUGAACUUCAAAAGCUAGAUAGUGAGUGGACUUCGGAAGUCUUAAAGCAUCAAAAAGAAGAGAGCAGACAGGCAUUGGCUGCUGCAUUACAAAAUGAUAUUCCUGCUAUGAUCAAUGCAUUAUCGAGCUUGGGUGUGGAUGCGAAUGUUAAUAUGAAGAACUUGACAGGGAAAGAAGCUGUUUUCUCUUGAAAUCAGUUCCUCACUUGUUUUGCACGUUGGAAUGUUUCUGGCUGCAGGAUUCCUUUGAAGCAUUAAAAACACUUGACGAACUGUCAAUUAUUUGUCGAGCUUUGAGGCCUAUUAGCGUAAUACUAUUCAAAUAUUCAUCUUUCCGUUUCCUAUUUUUGAAUCUUGUCAAUGAAAUUUUGCUUUAAUUUUGUUUUAUUUCAUAGAGUUCAUGAGCCGUUAUCUCAUCUUGCUCGUGGGAAUUUCUCAAGGCCUUGUAGUUAAUAUUUCCAACAGUGUUGUAACAUUUUUUGAUGACCGGAGAAGAGGAACAAUAUCGUUUAUCUAA